GAGUGAUGGCGCCACCGAGGCGCAACGUGCCCGCGACGUGGAAGCGAUGUAAUCCGGAACCCAGAAACCGCAUUCACAGCGUUUGUCAGCAUUUAGAAUCCCACGUGGUUUCGUUUUGGUUAUCGGUUCAGUGUUUGAAUCAAACUGCGCCAGAACAAUGUCGGAGAACGGCGGCGAGACGGGGAUAAUUUAUCUUCACGGCGACCUGGACUUGACCAUCUUUGAGGCUCGAAACUUGCCCAACAUGGAUGUUUUCUCUCAGCAUUUCCGCCGUUGUGUCACCGCCUGUGACACUGUCAAGUUCCAUUCCGUUGACGACGUGAAGACCCGCCGUCGCCGGAGGAUUAUCACUAGCGACUCAUACGUCACCGUCUCGGUGCCGCAGUCUACUGUUGCUCGCACGCGUGUGAUAAAGAAUAUGCCGAACCCUCAGUGGAACGAGCGGUUCAGUAUCCCCUUGGCGCACCCCGUGGAGCAUUUGGAAUUUCGAGUCAAAGACGACGACGUAUUUGGUGCUCAGGUUGUGGGAACUGUGAAUAUUCCUGCACAUAGAAUUGCCUCCGGUGAGUUUAUCGCCGGAUGGUUCCCCAUUCUUGGUUCUUCCGGUAAGCCUACCAAGCCAGACACUGCUCUUCGUAUAGAAAUGAAGUUCGUAGCCGUGGAAGAGAACUUGUUGUACCGACGAGGCAUUGCGGCUGAUCCAGAACACAAGGGCGUGAUGCAAACGUAUUUUCCUCUGCGGAAGGGAAGCUCGGUGAGGUUGUACCAAGAUGCCCAUGUUCCUAAUGGCAUCCUACCUGAGAUAAAGCUAGAGGGGGGAGAGGUUUACAAGCAUGGAACAUGUUGGGAGGAUAUUUGUUAUGCUAUAUCUGAGGCUCAUCAUAUGGUUUAUCUCGUGGGUUGGUCAAUCUACCACAAAGUAAGGAUUGUGAGGGAACCUAGCAGGCCUUUGCCACGAGGUGGGGAUUUAACUCUCGGAGAACUGCUCAAAUACAAAUCUGAAGAAGGGGUGCGAGUUCUCUUGCUGAUUUGGGAUGAUAAGACUUCCCAUGACAAGUUGUUCUUCAAGUCGGCUGGAGUAAUGCAGACACAUGAUGAAGAAACCAGGAAAUUUUUUAAACAUUCUUCUAUUAUGUGUGUUCUGGCACCUCGGUAUGCUAGCAGCAAAUUGAGUUACAUGAAGCAACAAGUUGUUGGAACUAUUUUCACACAUCACCAAAAAUGCGUCCUCGUGGACACACAGGCUUUUGGUAAUAACCGUAAGAUAACUGCUUUUCUAGGAGGGCUUGAUCUAUGUGAUGGUCGCUAUGACACACCUGAGCAUCGACUAUUUCGUGAUCUUGAUACUAUAUUUUCGGGUGAUUUUCACAAUCCUACAUUUUCAGCUGGAACAAGGGCUCCUAGGCAACCAUGGCAUGAUUUGCAUUGCAGGAUCGAUGGGCCUGCCGCAUAUGAUGUUCUUCUUAAUUUUGAGCAGCGUUGGAGAAAAGCAACAAAGUGGAAAGAGUUUGGAAUACUUUUCAAAAAGGCUUCCCAUUGGCAUGAUGAUGCUUUGCUGAAAAUAGAACGCAUCUCAUGGAUAUUAAGUCCUUCCUUGCCUCGAUCAAAGGAUGGUAGCACAACUGUUCCAGGAGAUAAUCCUCUACUAUGGGUCAACAGCGAAGAUGAUACUGAUAACUGGCACGUUCAGAUAUUCCGCUCCAUCGACUCAGGAUCUCUGAAAGGGUUUCCCAAAAGGGUCGAUAUUGCUCAGUCCCAGAAUCUUACCUGCGCUAAAAAUUUAAUAAUAGAUAAAAGCAUUCAAACAGGAUAUAUUCAAGCGAUCAGAUCUGCUCAACACUUUAUCUAUAUUGAAAACCAAUAUUUUCUUGGAUCAUCUUAUGCUUGGCCAUCUUAUAAGGAUGCAGGAGCUGAUAAUCUCAUCCCAAUGGAACUGGCACUCAAAAUUGCUAGUAAAAUCAGAGCCAAGGAGAGAUUUGCAGUGUAUAUUGUUUUACCAAUGUGGCCAGAGGGUGACCCUAAUUCAGCAGCAAUGCAAGAAAUCCUCUUUUGGCAGAGCCAGACAAUGAAAAUGAUGUAUGAUGUUGUUGCAAGAGAAUUGAAAUCAAUGCAACUUGUUGAUUUGCAUCCACAAGAUUACCUCAACUUCUAUUGCCUUGGAAACCGGGAAGAAUUCCAUGAAGAGAACUCCAGUUCAAACGGUGCUUUGGUCUCCGAUUCACAUAAGUAUCACCGAUUUAUGAUUUAUGUGCAUGCUAAGGGGAUGAUUGUUGAUGAUGAGUAUGUUAUGGUGGGAUCUGCUAAUAUAAAUCAAAGGUCUAUGGCUGGCACAAAAGAUACUGAGAUAGUUAUGGGUGCAUAUCAACCUCAUCACACGUGGUUUGCUAGGAAAAGACAUCCACGUGGUCAGAUUUAUGGUUACAGAAUGUCACUGUGGGCGGAGCAUCUUGGGUUGUUAGACUCAGAUUUUGAAGAACCAGAGAGUUUGGAAUGUGUGCGUAAGGUGAACUCCACUGCGGAAGAGAAUUGGAGAAGAUACGCGUCAGAAAACUUCUCAUUAUUGCAGGGACAUAUUUUGAAGUAUCCUGUACAAGUAGAUGCUGAUGGGAAGGUCAGCCCUUUGCCGGAAUAUGAGGCUUUUGUGGACGUUGGCGGGAAAGUUAUGGGAUCUCAUUUCCCUAGAAUUCCUGAUAUUCUAACAACAUAGUUUUCUAGAGUUCUUGUUCAUAAAUGAUUGCUUCAGAUUGGUAAAUGGCAAAGAGGAAUGAGGGAGAAAGGGGGUGAAUAAGUUCUUAUUUUUCAACGUGAAUCUCUAACCUGGUAGUCAUUCAUAGACAGAGAUGACACUGGCAUGAUAUAAUGUGUAGAGUUUUUCA